UGUUAACUUGUUUGGUUUCACUUGUUUUAUUCAGAUUCACAUUGAAAUUAAUGUUGAACUUAAAGGACCCUCCAACAAAAGUUGGUUUGAAUUCAUUGAAUGAAUUCACAAAACCAUGGAUUAUUGACCAAAACUUUCAGGGUACACAACAUGAGUUGGUUCAUCAGAUAUACAAACUAUCAGUAGAUGGACCUUGGUCUCAUCCACUCUUGCAGGAUAUGUUGCAACAUAACACAACACCUGAGCAGUUGAAAGAUUAUUUUGAUGAUGAGCGCCUCCUAAUGGUACAUCGGUUUCAAGCGUUAUGCGAUGCAUCGAAGAUUGACGAGUGUCUUCUAUUCUCGCGUGCUGUGAUAGAAAUGUCGUAUAAAUGGUGCCAAGUAACUUCGGAACAAUAUGGACUAACGGAGCUGUAUGACAUCAUAAUGAAACAACUAAUUAACGGAGAAAAGAAAUUAUCCACUGUUCGUCAGUGUGUGGGGAUCGCUACGUCACUACGGAACUUGAUAGCAAGAGCUUGUUCACUGACUGUCUUCAUUUCAAACCCAACCCCCGAACAUUACUUUGAAGUUGCCAAGAUUCAUAAAACUCCUUACAACAAAGAGAAAGACACUUCUAUUGAUUGUACUGCCCAACUAAGAUUCGAACUACUCGAAUACCUCAAGCGAAACUGGCCGUCCAAGUUUCUAACUUCCCAUGCCUAUGAUUGGUUGGUGCUUAGGAAAGUCUGCUUGGAGACUAUGUCAAGCGAUGACGCGGCAAUUGUGCAACAAGUAGAGCGUGACCAAGCUAAAACUGCUGACUCAUCAGGUGAAUCGGGUAGUGAAGCAGAGACCGACACUUCAUUGGAAGAUACAUCACAUUAUGAGGAUAAAGCUCCACCUAGUAAGGAAACAAACAGAGUUCGGAAAAUAUCGGAAACUGAACCACAACCACUCGAUGGUAGUGUUGAAGGUUGUAGUAAACCUGACGAUGUCAUAAUGAGCGUUGUUGUAUCACAUAAGCUAAAUAAUGAUAACCAAGAUUCAUGUGAUCAAAAUAUUCAUGAAAAAGAUGCUGGCGUGAAAAAUCAUGAAGACCAUGUCGUGAAUGAGUACUCGUGCGGGAAAUUGAAUGAAGGUAAUUCUGUGAAUAUGGAAGGUGUGAAUAAAGAUCAGAGCGAAAAAGAUCAUCUUCUGAAUAAAGAAGAUCAUGACGUGAAUGGAAAAGAUCAUGCUGGGAAUACUGAGCAUCAUGCCAUGAAUUCUGAUGAUCAGGUUGUGAAUACAGACACUCAUGAUGUGAAUACAGAAACUCAUGAUGUGAAUACAGAAACUCAUGAUGUGAAUGGUAAAGAUUAUGUUGUGAAUGAGAUUCACAAUAAUGAAGUUGAUCAUGCCAUGAAUGAAUCUGGAAUUAAUGAAUUGAGUCAAGUUGAACAAAAACAACAACAACAACAACAACAACAACAACAACAACAACAACAACAACAACAACAACAGUGUUUGGUUGAAAGUGAAGCAAAUGUUGAAGAAAUGAAUCAAAACAUGGGUAAUAUAUCACCCAAUCAUUUACCUGUCACCUCCCAGCCCCCUAAUACCCCACCCACCCCAAUAUGGGUUUGCCCCAAAGAAAGUUGUCAACGAAUUAUUCGUUCCAAGCAAGGAAUGUCAAACCAUCUAAAUAGAAAACACCGAUGGUCCCAAUCGGAAAUCAUGGUGUUUUAUAAUUCAUUAAAACAACACUCUGCUUCUGCACGAUCACGCAGGAACAACAAAAAAACUGAAGAUUCAACUCAAAAGCUUGAUAUGGAUAAUUCACAUUGUGAUUCAAACGGAAAAACUACGUUUUCGGAAAAUUUACAAAGUUAUUCUAAUGUUGAAAGUUUGAGUAUAAGUAAGCCAGUGAUCCCAAGUUUGCCGGUAAUUUUACCAAGUGUGUUUGACACUGCUGAUGCUGGGACCUUACAAAAGGAAAAAGAGGUUGAAAAAGUUGAGGAAAACUUAGUUCUCGAGUUAAAAUGUCCCGUCGAGACAUGUGAUCGUGUGUUUCGCCACAAACACACUAUACAAGCCCAUCUUGAAUUCAGGCACAAAAUGAGCGCGAAAAAAGCGACACGAAUGUCGGAAAAAGCAGAAAUUAUUGAAAAACCUCCACCACCCCCUAAACCACAUUCAUCAAGUUCCACAAAACCAACUUUUGACGACAUUUCGACUUCAAAGGGCUGGUUCUGGCCGGUGGAUGAUUUCUUAUUUCAAGAACUAGAUGAGGUUUUAAUUCACAAAACCUCGUACAACCGGAAAAAAUAUUCCAACCUUCGAGCCUCCUUAACAAGAGACGUAAUGUGUUUAUUCGGAAGCGCUCCCUUGUCGUUUGAUCUCACUCUUGCUCAAAACAACAUUGAAAAUAUAUGGGAAAUGACUUCAAAACUUGAGAACAAGGAAACUACACCAAAUAUGCCUGAGGUACCAACAGAAGCAGAAGUGAACCAGGAUUUAUUUGACUUUCCUGUGCACACUGAGGCGAUUGUACAAGAUGAACCACCAAACCCCCCAGACCCCGUUCCAAAAUUAUCUGAAAUAAAACCAUUAUUAAACAUGAAAGUAAAGAUCAAGGCACCUAUGAAGGUGAAGAAGAGAAGUUUAGAUUCUGUCGACAAAUUAUCAUCAGUAGAUCAACCACAAGUAACCACAGAACCUUCUCCACAUCCAGUGGCAAAAAUUAAACGAAAGUAUGAUGCGCAGACGGUGUACAACAUGGCCGACAAAUACCCGAGUAAUAACACCGACACCCCUAUUAUACGGGAGGAGUCGUCAGCUUUUGGUGACGCCUUAAACUACAACAGCUUCGCUAAAAUAAUUGCUGACUCAGAACGACUCAUCGAAAAGAAAAAGUCGAGUCAUAAAACAAAAGUGAGUGAGGGGCAUGGUGUAAGUGAUGCACAAAAGUCAUCCGAGGAUUAUUUGAUGAAGAAGGUAAAGAAGCAUCGAACCUCAUCACGGAGCGAAGUGUCUCCGAAACGAGGAAAAGAAAUUUCGAAGAUGAAAACAUCGGACCAAGACAUCCUCUCCCACAGGGCUGGCUACCAAGAACUGUUGAAGAAAGCUGAAGAAAUAAGUUCAGCUGGUGCUAAGAAUAAGGAGAAGCAACAUGAGGAAAAAAGUGGGAGAAAGAGAAGUGUGACAUCACAAUCAAAGAGUGAGGAAAAACAAAGAGAAAAAGAAUUAAAAACGCCGCCAAGUUUGGAAAAAAAUGUUUCUCCUUUAUUGAAGAAAUCAAACGUGGCGAAACGCACCAUUGAUCUACGUAAGCUCUCUAGCUCUUCUAGUGGUAGCAAAGAUGCAAAACGAGAGGACAGUGUGUCACCAGUAGGUGGUGCCAUUGCGAAGAAAAAAGCAAAAGUUGAAACAAUACCUGAAAAAAUAAUUUGCCCUGAAUGUAAAAGACAAAUGAUCAAUCUGUUUGCUCUCACUUGUCAUAUGAGAAAGAAACAUAAAAGCAAUGCUCGUAAACUAUUCAUACCAAAACAAAACGAUAACGAGACGCAAAAAAACUUAAAUGAGCCACCUGUGCUAAAUGAGGCUUACAACAAACAACAAGUUGUUGUAUCUAACAGGAUGGCUCAUAAACCCGACGCCUCACACGCCCUCGACACACCCACAGCUCCAAUGGAUAGUUGUUUUGAGGUGGAAUUUGUGAAUGGGAAGAUGUUAUGUCCGUACUCUGGGUGUUCCCUCAAAUACAAACACAGGAGGUCACUUACAACUCACUGUAAGGUGAAACAUCCACAGUUUCAUAAAAAACUUCUAUGGAAAAAAAUUGUCCCAAAAACUGCAGAGCAAUUAUCGCUAAACAAAGACCUUAUCUAUGAUGUCAUAAAGGAUCAUUUAAACCCGACAUUAGAUGCUGAGUCAGCGAAAGGGGAAGUUCCGCCACUCGAGGCAGCAUUGCCAACGAAUGAUUCCUUGACUGAAGGUAAGAUUUCCAUUUUUAAUGUAGGAUUUCUAUGUUUAAUAUAA